AUGCAUGCACCUCACCCUGAUGGCUCUUCAGAAUGGUACUCAUAUCCGAUGCAGCAAUCGUCACAGACCCCGUACCAAAGUGGAGCUGCGUAUUCUACAUUCCAGCCACAGACCAGCGGAUUUCAGCAGCAUCAAAACAGCCACUCUGCGACUUCUUUUCUUACAGACGAAAGAAGACCCCCUUCAGGGGAGGCAUUUUCGAUUUGGGAUGUUAUUGGUGUUGGUAAUUUAGAUGGCACGGAGCCUCCACUUUUACAAGAGCUUGGUAUCAACCCGUCGCACAUUGCCCAAAAAUCACUCACCGUGCUCAAUCCAUUUAGGAAGGUUGCGCCUGAGAUGAUGGAUGAAUCGGACCUCGCUGGACCAAUUGCCAUAUGCCUAGCCCUUGGCGGAUCACUUCUUAUCUCAGGAAAAAUACAUUUUGGAUACAUUUAUGGCUUAUCAAUGCUCGGUUGGCUAUCCAUAUUCCUGCUCGUCAACUUGAUGGCUGAAGAUGGCAGAGGCAUUGAUGGAACACGAACUGCAUCGGUACUUGGAUAUUCCCUACUUCCAAUGGUACCUCUGGGCCCGCUGCUGGGGGCCCUUUCGCAUCUGCUAAAGGCUCUCCAUGCACCGCCGUUUAUUAGUUCUGCAUUUACUAUUGGUUUGGGAAUUGCAAUGGUGCUUUGGUGCACCAUUGCGGCAUCUUCCAUCUUUACAGGUGUCCUGCAGAUGCAGCACCAGCGUCUACUUCUCGCCUACCCACUUUCUCUACUCUACACCUGUUUUGCCCUGCUCUCUGUGUUUUAG